AUGUUGCUCUCUCUCGAAAACGCACCAUACAUCAUCGUGGGCUUGGCCCUCGCUUAUUUCUUUGGUCCUUACUUCCAGCGUUGGCGUCUGCACGAUAUCCCCAGUCCCAGUUUUGCUGCGUUCACCAAUUUCUGGCUGUUCCUUCAGACUCGCCAGGGUAAACGCUUCUUGGCGGUCGAUUCUGCUCAUCAAGAAGUCUCCAUCGCCGACGAUGCCGCCAUCCCGCUCAUCUACGGACACGGCAACGGUUUCUUGAAGACGUAUGUUAUGCUCUUAAUUCCUAUAGUUCGUGUCAACUCCAAUGCUAAUCGAUUGCUCUCUAGGGACUUCUACGAUGCCUUUGUCUCCAUCCGCCGUGGUCUUUUCAACACUCGCGACCGUGCCGAGCACACCCGCAAGCGCAAGACGGUCUCCCACACCUUCAGUGCUAAGUCCAUCGGCCAGUUCGAACAGUAUAUCCAUCACAAUGUCGAAGAGUUUGUCAAGCAGUGGACCAAGCUCGCCAAGCUGCAAGGUAAUCCCAAGACCGGCUAUGCCAGCUUGGAUGCUCUGAAUUGGUUCAACUACCUGGCCUUCGAUAUCAUUGGUGACCUCGCUUUCGGUGCUCCCUUCGGUAUGCUCGAAAAGGGUCAGGAUAUUGCUGAGGUCCGCAAGAGCCCCAACGAUCCUCCCAAGUAUGUUGCUGCCGUCGAGGUGCUUAACCGCCGUGGUGAGGUCUCUGCCACCCUGGGCUGCAUGCCAUCUUUGAUCCCCUUCGCCAAGUACAUUCCCGACCGUUUCUUCACCGAGGGUGUCCAGGCCGUUUCUGACUUGGCUGGUAUCGCUAUCGCUCGUGUCAGUGAACGUACCAAGCCCGAGGUCAUGGCUAACAACACCCGUGUCGACCUGCUCGCCCGUCUGAUGGAGGGUAAGGACCACACGGGCAACCCACUCGGCCGUGAGGAAUUGACAGCUGAGGCCCUCACUCAGCUCAUCGCUGGCUCCGACACCACCUCCAACACCGCCUGUGCGAUUCUCUACUGGUGCCAACGCACCCCGGGUGUUAUCGAAAAGCUGCACAAGGCCCUCGAUGAGGCUAUUCCCAAGGACAUCGAGGUCCCCACUCACGCCAUGGUCAAGGACAUCGACUACUUGCAGUGGGUGAUCUGGGAAACCAUGCGUAUCCACAGUACCUCCGCCAUGGGUCUUCCCCGUGAAAUCCCUGCCGGCGCCCCUCCCGUAGAGAUUUGUGGCCACACUUUCCACCCCGGUGACAUCCUCUCCGUGCCCACCUACACGAUCCACCGCUCGAAGGAGGUCUGGGGUCCUGACGCCGAAGAGUUCGCCGCCUUCAUUCCUUUCAGCUACGGCCCUCGCAGCUGCGUUGGCCGGAACGUCGCUGAGAUGGAACUUCUCGUUAUGGGCGCUACUGUCUUCCGCCUCUUCGAGUUCCAGAUUGAGCAGAAGGGUCCCAUGGAGACCCGUGAGGGUUUCCUGCGCAAGCCCCUUGGUCUCGAUGUUGGCAUGCGCCGUCGUACCCCUCAAUAA